AUGCCCGACUUACUUCUUCCACCCCUUUACCCGCCACUCAACCCCUCUGGUGCUGGCGGCUGCGCUGGUGCUGGCGGCUGGCGCUGGGGCUGGUUCCUGGUACUGGCGGCUGGCGCUGGGGCUGGUUCCUGGUGCUGGCGGCUGGCGCUGGGGCUGGUUCCUGGUGCUGGCGGCUGGCGCUGGGGCUGGUUCCUGGUGCUGGCGGCUGGCGCUGGGGCUGGUUCCUGGUGCUGGCGGCUGGCGCUGGGGCUGGUUCCUGGUGCUGGCGGCUGGCGCUGGGGCUGGUUCCUGGUGCUGGCGGCUGGCGCUGGGGCUGGUUCCUGGUGCUGGCGGCUGGCGCUGGGGCUGGUUCCUGGUGCUGGCGGCUGGCGCUGGGGCUGGUUCCUGGUGCUGGCGGCUGGCCCUGGAGCUGGUGCUGGUGCUGGCGGCUGGCCCUGGAGCUGGUGCUGGUGCUGGCGGCUGGCCCUGGAGCUGGUGCUGGUGCUGGCGGGUGGCCCUGGUGUUGGUGCCUGGUGCUGGCGGCUGGCCCUGGAGCUGGUGCUGGUGCCGGCGGCUGGCCCUGGUGCUGGUGCCUGGUGCUGGUGCUGGCGGCUGGCCUUGGUGCUGGUGCUGGUGCUGUCGGCUGGCCCUGGAGCUGGUGCUGGUGCUGGCGGCUGGCGGGUCCAAUGGCAGGUGAUGCGCGCUGGGCGGGACGGAGCGUUCGGCCGCCACUCCCUGCCCUUCUUCCCUCACCCUCCCCACAGCGACCGCCGCAGCACACGCGUACAAGCAUGA